CUUACCUUCUGUAGGCUUCCAAGAGGUCCCCACCAAAACACCUGCAGCCAUGAAGUUGGUCCUGCUGAUUUGUCUGUUCCUCUGCUCCACUUUAACCGAGUCAAGACUGCUGCAAAAGCGAGAUGAAGAGCAUCAUUCCCGGCAUAUUGGGGACAUUUACAAAACAGUAGGAGAAGAAACCUUUAAUCAUUUAACGUUGAUCAUUCUUACACAGAAUUUACAGAAAUGCUCACUUGAACAACUCAAUAAAGAAAAGGCAGAGAUCAACAAGUUUGCCAAGCACUGUGUAGACCAUGCAGAUGAGGCAGAAUGCAAAAAGCCUGUGACAACGCUGUUUUAUGACCACAUUUGCCAAAUCAAGCAUAUAGAUCAUGAAUAUCCAUGGACCACAGAGUGUUGUGCCAAGAAUGAACAAGAAAGAUAUAAGUGCUUUGUUGAGCAUAGAGACGCUGAAGUAAAACCCUAUGACAUGCCAGGGGUUGAUGAAAUGUGUAAACACCUGAAAGAAAACCCAAAGCAGGCUUUUGAAGAGGACAUAUAUAUAGUUUCAAGGAGACAUUCAGCUCUUUACCCACCAACCGUUCUGGGGUUUGUUAUGCAAUAUACUAAACUUGGCGCUGAAUGCUGUGCAGCCGAUGACAAGUCAAAAUGUUUUCACGAUCGGAUAGCAGAAGUUGACAAGAAAACAUAUUAUGUUAAACAUGUAGAGCAACAAACAUGUCGGAUGCUUAAAGAAUUUCAAGAAAGAGUCACGCAGGCCUAUACAUUAGUUAAAGUUACCCAAAAGUAUCCUGCGGCUACAUUUGAAGAUGUACAGAAACUUACCAAUGAAAUUGUACAUUUGAAAAAGGACUGUUGUCAUGGUGACAUGGUAGAAUGUAUGCUUGAGAGGAUGGAACUCACCCAACAUAUUUGCGAACAUCAUGAAAAGAUAUCAAGCAAUCUGAAAGCCUGUUGUGAGAGGCCGCUGGUGGAGCGCACAAGCUGCCUUAUGGCCUUACCGCAUGGUGAUGUUCCAUCUGACUUGCCCAAGGAGAUGACAGAGUUUGUUGAGGAUGAGCAUGUGUGUAAACAUUAUGAGGAACAGAAAGACUUAUUCCUGGCUAGAUUUACCUAUGAAUUUACAAGAAGGCACCCUGAUUUAUCUAUACUAUCAGAUCUACGGGUUGCUAAAGGAUAUCAAGGUCUUCUUCAAAAGUGCUGUGUAACUGAACACCCUGUUGAGUGUUACAAGACUGCGCCACAAAUGCUGGAAACUGCAAUCAAGGCGGCCCAUGCUUUAGAAAAAGCAAACUGUGAACUCUUUGAGAAGAAGGGUCUUUAUUUCUUUCAACUUCAUCUGAUUUACCGCUAUGCAACGAAAAUGCCACAAAUCACAGAUGAAACACUGCUAGAGAUCACCGGUAAAAUGGCAAAAAUUGCAGGCAAGUGUUGCGCACUCCCUGAGGACCAGAGAAUACCUUGUGCUGAGAAUAAGCUGGAUUUAUUGCUGGGUGAUAUGUGUGAAAGACAGUCACAAACACCUGUAAAUGAACAUGUAACUCAAUGUUGCAAGGACUCAUAUUCUGAUAGAAGACCAUGCUUCACUAAUCUUGGUCCUGACACUUCCUUCAAACCUUCACCACUGGAUGAACAUACUUUUGAAAUUGGUGCAGAGAUAUGUGAUGCUCCAGAAGACCAACAGCAGACCAAGAAAAAGAUAUUGCUUGCCCACCUUAUGAGACAGAAGGUAACCUUACAGAAUGAGAAAGUGGAGGAACUCAUCAAUGAGUUCGCUAAAGUGACAAAGAAAUGCUGUGAAGCAGCUGAUCACAAGGCAUGCUUUGACUUGGAGAAGCCAAUACUCUUGGCACAUGUAAAGGCAGAGAUUGGACAUUAAAGGGAACAGAUUGCUACUUCAUUGUGGAAGAUCAUGAAUUCACUAAUAUCCUACAGUUGAAUUUUUGAAGAGAAAAAAGUUUCCAAGCUGAAGCAUUUUACAACAUUAAAUAAAGCUCUUGUGGAUUAAUCA